CGGCCAGGCACAGAUGACGCUCCCCAACGCCGCGUGAGCCGGUCCAUCGCUCUCUGUUCCAACCCAACCCUGCUACAACACCAGCACUCAGCCAUGUCAUGACGACCCAAAAUCUCCGUCUUCUCAUCACCAGCAAUAGACCAUGAAGGGGCUCCUAUGGCUGUUCCUGCUCCUGCAGGCCAUCACCAUUUCCUAUGCGAAAGCACAACCAAACCAGCAUGUCCUUGGCGGCGACACGACUGGAGAAACGGAUGGCAACUCAUUUCGCGCAGAGAUAGAUGCGCAACGGGGGAGACAAAUGCCCCGCGAACCGGGAGCCGACCUCGUCGAUUCAGCCCUCAUCGAACUGCGCAAGCUAUACCAGCCACUCCACUACCAGGCGCGGAAGCAACAUGGCUUCGUCAGCACGCUCUUGCACUUUGCGCUCAAGGCCCUCCCGACCCUGCGCCUCAGCGCUCCAGCCCCCGAGUCAUCGCGCCAGAACGUACCUAGCGGGAAGCUUCUCCAUGCGACAGGACUCCUCGAAGAGUCGGCGCGCCGAAACAACUCCGACGCCCUGUAUCUAAUCGCCGAAAUGAACUUCUACGGCAACUUCUCGCACCCCAAGAACUUCCAGGCGGCCUUCGAUUACUACCACCGGCUGGCGUUGCUCAAUGGUAACAGUUCGGCGCUGUACAUGGUCGGAUUGAUGUAUUCGACCGGGAUUGGAGGAGCUGUGGAGCGCGACCAAGCCCGCGCGCUCCUAUACUACACCUUCGCGGCCGAGAGGGGACACACGAGGGCCGAGAUGACGGUGGCGCAUCGGCAUCACGCGGGCAUUGGAACGCCCAAAAACUGCGAACUGGCUAUCAAAUACUACAAGCGGGUCGCCGACAAAGCCAUUGCGUGGUAUCGGUCGGGACCCCCCGGCGGGAGGUCCUGGAUAUCUGAGGCCUACCGGAUCGCCGACGAGACAGGCGGUGCCUACGGAGAAGGGGCCAGUGUUGCUAGUGCCGGGUCUAAUGCCAUCAAGGCGCACCCUAGCUCGGAUGCUUAUGCCUCUAUCGAGGACGUCAUUGAGUACCUGGAUCUCAUGUCCCAAAAGGGCGACUUCAAGGCGUCCUUCAACCUGGGGCGGAUCUACUACGACGGACAGAGGGGCCUCGACAAGAACAUGGUACUGGCCCGGAAGUAUUUCUUUGACGUUGCCCAAAAGUAUUGGAAAAAGGGCCGCCCCAUCGACAACCCGAAGGCCGGCCUCGACAAGACGGCGGCGAAGGCGGCCGGAUACAUUGGGCGCAUGUACCUACGCGGAGAAGGCGUCGAACAGAACUUUGACCGUGCCAAGUUCUGGUUUGAGCGCGGAGUUGACAAAAAGGACGCCCAGUCGUACCACGGCCUAGGUCUGCUAUAUCUUCACGGCUACGGCGUCAAGGCAGACCCAGCCCAGGCGAUUGACUACUUCAAGCUAGCUUCGGCCCUAGACUAUGGCCCGUCUCAGGUGCAGCUUGGGUACCUCUAUCUCGAUCACGGGAGCAAUGAGGACGUGGGAACUGCGAACCACUACUUCGAAUUGGCCGCGCGGUGGGCGAACAUCGAGGCAUUUUACCACCUUGGCGAAGUGAACAACAUGGGAUGGAAUCACGACAGAUCUUGCAGCAGCGCCGUGACCUACUACAAAAGCGUGGCCGAACGGGCCGAGCCCCUCGUCUCGUCCUGGGCCGAAGCCAAUCUCGCGUUCGAGAGCGGCGAUACGGAGUUGGCGCUCCUCGAAUACCUCGGUGCAGCGGAACAGGGCUACGAGAAGGCGCAGAACAACGUCGCACACAUCCUGGACCCGGCCAAGUCCAGUCUGCCCAUUCCACGACUGCUGUCCGGCCGUGCGCCGACGUCCCCGCUCCUCCGGGACCCUACUCUCGCGCUUAUCUUUUGGACGCGCUCGUCUCGCCAGGGCAACAUCGACGCCCUGGUCAAGAUGGGCGACUACUACUUUCACGGCAUUGGCACCGACGCCGACGUCGACAAGGCAGUGCAGUGCUACACCGGGGCGUCCGAGUACCAGCAAAGCGCGCAGGCGCUCUACAAUCUGGGGUGGAUGCACGAGCACGGCGUUGGCCUAGAGCAGGACUAUCAUUUGGCGAAGCGCUACUACGACGCUGCGGUUGCCACCAACGAGGAGGCAUACCUCCCCGUGGCGCUCAGCCUGCUGAAGUUGCGGGUCAAGAGCGCCUGGAAUACCCUGACGCACGGCAGGAUCAACUCUAUCCAGGAUGAACCAGCGCCGAGGAAGGAAUGGUCCCUCACCGACUGGAUCAAUAACUUCCUUCAGGACGAGGCCCAGUACUACGACGAUGUCUACGACGACUUGUACGAGGACCACGACACCAUGCCCGGCGGCGAUCCGCUCGACUUUGAUGACGGCAUCAUGGAGAGCGUGGUCAUCCUGGGUCUGGCCGCCUUCCUCGCGUUCUUGAUCAUGUACCGCCAGCAGCGGCAGCAGGCAGCCCGGCAACAGGAGGAGGACGUGAGGCGGCGGCAACAGCAACACCAUGCUGCGGCUCAAGGGGGAGCGGCUGUGGAGGAUCAGCAGCAGCCGCAGCAAGAAAGAGGAUUCUUCCCGCGGCCUGGGGAUCCGGAUUUUGGACAGUGGGGGGUUGGAGGGGUCGGGCAUUGAUGCGGGCCCGAAAAGAAAUCUGUGUAUUAGUCCCAUGGCAUGGAGCAGCGGCGUAACUGGGUUGUGUUGAUUGCUGUGAUUCGACUUCCUUAACGUUCCAUGGUAAUGGGGUCAACGAGAGACAAGUGUCACCUCGAUAGAUACCUUCGACACUUUUGACUGCUUGCAUGUAUGUUUCGCGGUCAGUCUUGGGUUUGGCUGUUCUCCCCUUUUCCUCCUUUCUCCAAUAUCGAAAGAAAGACAGUAUUGGUAUAUACUCAUGGUGUUGGGUACCGCCAGCCAG